CCUCGUCUCUCGGUUCCCUAAGAGGUUGUGCGCCAUGGCAUCCCCUGAAGAAAAACCGCAUGCCUUAGUCAAGGCUGUGGAGACUCUCAGCAAAGGACAAGAUGUACGCAAGGAAACAACACUCCUCAUGAAACCUUACGCCAACUGGGAAGAGUUCCUCAUGCCGGCCCCCAUCUCCAUUGCGAUCCUCGGGGAGCUGAUCUUCAUUUCAACAGGACAGGGAGACUUCUCCAUCAACACGCUGCCACCCGAGGGAGGCUUCCAGCACCUCAAGUAUCCGGAAUCCUUCAAGGCUUCUUUGUGCCAAGUGAGCAAUCGAGGUUGGACGGCCUUCAACGAAGCCCAUGUCAACAUGGACCAGAUCAGGUUGCUGGCAAACGGCAUCCCGGAGCAGAUGAAAACAAUCGUGCGGACUCUGGUCCAGGAGGCGGAGGUGGUGGCAGCCUUGAUUCCAAACCAGCUAAAAAACCUGCAGGCGGUGACUGAGCAGUGUGGUGGCCUGGCCAAGGCAGUGAGAGCCAAGUUCACUGAUGUGAUCAACCUCAUCCAGGAACUCCUCGAAGCUUGCCUCAAUGCCAAGCAGGGCUACGAAAAGCAGCUGGAGGACGUACACGUGGCUCUCGAACAAGCCAAAAUCCGAGAAAAGUCCGCCAAGGAGGCUAAAGAAAUGGCCGAACGCUACCACCACCAGAUGAAGGAGCAAGUCGAGGAGUCCUUCCAGCAGUACAAAGAAGCCAUGGCAUCCAUCCCCACAGGGUGGGACGCAGUGGGAAUGGAGCUGGUCACCACCCUUACUCAAACGCUAGGCACGUUUUCUGUGGAGUUUACUCGAAUACUAGCAGGAAAGCAAGGGAGCGUGGGAGAAGCAAGCAGUGUAAACUGCAGCAGCGAAGGACUGGCAGGGAUGACUCCGUUCAUUUCCGCUAGCGUCAUCUGUUCAAAGUCAGCCGAACUGCUAACUUUUGCCACCAGCUUGAAGAACCUCUUAGACGAAAAUGGAGGCCUCAAGGCCUCCAUGAUUCUUGAUGAGAGGAGUGGAGAGGUCAAAACGGAGUGGGUGAAGAAGAACUUACAGAGACUAAGAGGCUGCAUCGAGAAAGAAGAAGGGUGUGACCCUAAAAUAAGAGCUCAAGAGAUCUGUCAAGCUGGAUUGGAUAUCUGCCAGGAGCUGGAAAAGCUGGCCUCAUCGGUGGGUGGCCUUGGCAAGGUGGGGAAGAGCUUGUUAGAUGGGAUCCGUCAGCUCCAUAAGAAGGCCUCAGAGUUCGACUCUUACAGCAAAACCUACACUCGGUCUCCUGCCUUCUCUCCCAAGCCACCCAACGUGUCGAAGAUGGGAGAAACGACAGGAUCAGGUUUGGAAAAUGCCCAUCUGAAGGUGAAGCAGAGCCGAGAGUCGCUGAAGGCCACCAGAGAGGAGUAUCAGAGAAGCUUUGAGAACUUCAAGAAACAGAACGAGGAGCUGACAGAGAUCCUCUGCACCAUGAGAGGUUAUCAGGUCAAGGAGGUGGAUUUCGACACGGCCAGGAAAAUGCUCAUCAAGGGCCUUGAAGCUCUCGGGCGAGUGAAGGAGCAAUGGGAAAAGAUGGUGAGGUUUUUCCAAAUGAUCUCCAACUUAAUCGAAUCUUGCUUGGUCUGGAGCGUGAAAGAAUUUGUGGACACGGUUGACGGUGCUCAGAAGAUCUCCAGCUAUUCAUCCAAAGCCUUCACCGCUGAUCUCGUUUAUGGACAUGUUUUCAAUGCCACCAGCAUGGCCCAGCUGGUGGCCAUGAUCUCUGAGACAUAUACUUUGGUGUCCCAGAAGUACCUGAUGGAGCGUGUGAGCAGCUUAGGUCGCCUCCUGGCUAUGGAAGCCAACCAACCCAGCUUGGCUGCUGAACGCGCUGCCUUGGCUGAAGGCUGCGACGCAGCUCGGGAAGCGGUGAGGGAGCUGGUUCUGGAGAAGAAGGCAGAGUUUGAGCGAGGAUUGGAGGCCAGAGUAGAGGCCAUUGAAAAGGAGAUGAGAGCAGUGCUGCCUGCAGAGGGAGAGACCCCUCAGCCGCACCUGAGAGAGCUCAGCCCGGAGGAGGAAAGCAAGUUUAUAUAA